AUGGCAAUCACUGUUCGUCAAAGUUUAUUGCGAAGCAUACGCAAAUCAAAAUACUACGGUCUUAUGUUUGACUCGACUGCUGAUCAGGCACAUCGUGAGCAGAUGUCAGAAGUAGCGAGAUAUGUAGAGGUUGAUUUUGAGAGAAAAUUAGUCCGCAUUAGAGAGUACUUUCUUGGUUUCAUCCAAAUAAGUCAAAAGGACGCUGGAAGUUUAGUUGACAAAAUGCUUAAACAGCUAGGGAAAGACGAUAUGGAUCUGCAGGAUUGUCGUUCACAAUGUUAUGAUAACGCUGCUGUGAUGGCUGGGAAUAGAACUGGAGUUCACCAAAGAAUAAGCGAAAAGAAUAAUCUGCCGAUAUUUGUGAAUUGCGAUAAUCAUUCACUCAAUUUGGUCGGUGUACACGCAGCCAAGAAGGACACUUUAAUGGUCACGUUUUUCGGAACUAUUGAAGCUCUUUACAUAUUCUUUACUCAUUCCACUCUGCGCUGGGAAAAACUCAAAAUAUGCGUGCCUGUGGGCUAUGAUUGUAAAAUCAGAGUCCGAAACAAGAUGGAGUGCAAGCAGAGCCUAAUUUGGCACAAGGCAGGCAAGGCACUUGCGCGGGGCCCGUAA